CAAAGCACAACUCUGUAGCAAAGCAGAGGAUCUAGGAAGCACAGGCAGGAUCGACCAAACACAAACAGCGUCUAGUUCACCGGUUAGUUAGCCCGACCGAUCGACCGAUCAUCCGGCAAGAAUGGUUGCGACAAAGUCGGGCGAGCUGAGGGCGCUAUUCGCGUCGCUGGACCAGAACGGCGACCGCCGGGUCUCGGCGGCGGAGCUGCGGGGAUGCAUGCGGGCAACUCUGGGCGAGGACGUGCCGGCGGAGGAGGCUGAGGCGCUGGUGGCGUCGGCGGACGCGGACGGGGACGGCCUGCUGUGCGAGGCUGAGUUCCUCGAGCUGGCGCAGCAGGCGGCCUGGGCGGGCCACGCGGGGGAGGAGGACGAUGAGCUGAGGAUCCGGGCACUGAGGGAGGCGUUCGGGAUGUAUGAGAUGGAGGGGCAGGGGUGCAUCACGCCGGCCAGCCUCGGGCGGAUGCUCGGCAGGCUCGGCGCUGAGCAGGGUGCCGUCGAGUGCCGCGCCAUGAUUUGCCGGUUCGACCUCGACGGUGAUGGCGUGCUCAGCUUCGACGAGUUCAAGAUCAUGAUGAGCUAGCUACCUAGCGCCAGGAUCCAACCAUAUACUCCUAGUUUCGUCUUGCAUAUAACUAACUUCACUCAUUUGUUCGUUCAAUCAUUCAUUCAUUCAUUUGAUUGUUAUACUGUCCUAAUACAAAGUUUUAAUGGUGAUGCACAAACAGUAAUUGAUCUAUGUGAAUACGUUUGGCCUCGAUGGAUUGUCCGUGCUCUUGGAAUUGGAUUGUGGGUUUCUUGAGGAUUUCAGAUGCCCCAAAUGAAUAGAGAAGGUGAAUGUGUAGGGGUUGACUUGUCAUCCUCGGCUCCAAACUCUUUAGAGGCUUCUUUAGGGGAUAAGUAUAUUUUAUGUUCUUGAACUCUCACCAAAGUUUAGAAACGUCACUCGACUUUAAAACCACUAAAACUUAGCCCCUCAACUAUUUAAUCCGGAUACCUUUGGUCCCAUGUAACACUUAAGGUGGUUUUAUUGUGGUGUGGACCAUGUUUUCACUAAAAUUCUCCAUGUGGCCUGGUUUUGACCACCACAUUAGAUAAGUGGCUAAGCGCAACUU